GCAGGUUUUGCUGGGAUCUCCUCAUGCUGCUGCUGAUGGUGGGAAACCUCAUCGUCCUCCCUGUGGGAAUCACUUUCUUUAAGGAUGAGAACACUCCUCCAUGGAUCAUCUUCAAUGUGGUGUCGGACACACUCUUCCUGGUGGAUUUGGUUCUGAACUUCCGCACCGGGAUCGUGAAAGAGGACAGUACGGAGAUCCUGCUGGACCCCAAGGCCAUCUGCCAGCGCUAUCUGAAGAGCUGGUUCCUCGUGGACUUCGUGUCCUCGAUCCCGGUGGAUUACAUCUUCCUGAUGGUGGACCUGGAAGCUCACCUGGACUCAGAGGUGUACCGGACGGCCCGAGCGCUGCGGAUAGUUCGGUUCACCAAGAUCCUGAGUCUGCUGCGUCUGCUGCGUCUGUCCCGACUCAUACGCUACAUCCACCAGUGGGAGGAGAUCUUCCACAUGACCUAUGACCUGGCCAGUGCGAUGGUGCGGAUCGUCAAUCUGAUCGGGAUGAUGCUGCUGCUGUGUCACUGGGACGGAUGUCUGCAGUUCCUGGUGCCGAUGCUGCAGGACUUCCCCCCCGACUGCUGGGUCUCCAUAAACAACAUGGUGAACGACACAUGGGGCAUCCAGUACUCGUACGCUCUGUUUAAGGCCAUGAGCCACAUGCUGUGCAUCGGUUACGGCGCUCAGGCUCCAGAGGGAAUGACGGACGUCUGGCUCACUAUGCUCAGUAUGAUUGUGGGUGCGACCUGCUACGCCAUGUUCAUCGGCCACGCCACGGCCCUCAUCCAGUCCCUGGACUCCUCACGCCGACAGUACCAGGAGAAGUAUAAGCAGGUGGAGCAGUACAUGUCAUUCCAUAAGCUACCAGCAGAUGUCAGGCAGAAAAUCCACGAGUAUUAUGAACAUCGCUACCAGGGCAAGAUGUUUGACGAGGAUAACAUUCUGGGAGAGCUGAGCGAGCCCUUAAAGGAGGAAAUUGUUAGCUUCAACUGCCGAAGCUUGGUGGCUAACAUGCCUCUCUUCGCUAACGCCGACCCAAACUUCGUGACAGCGGUGCUAACGAAGCUGAAGUUUGAGGUGUUCCAGCCCCAUGACUUCAUCAUUCGUGAGGGAACCAUUGGCCGUAAAAUGUAUUUCAUCCAGCAUGGACGGGUCAGCAUACUUACACGUGGGAACAAGGAGACCAAGCUUAGCGAUGGGUCAUAUUUUGGAGAGAUCUGUCUGUUGACUCGUGGCAGGCGGACAGCUAGUGUCCGAGCAGAUACAUACUGUCGACUUUACUCCCUCAGUGUGGAUAGUUUCAAUGAGGUUCUGGAAGAGCAUCCCAUGAUGAGACGGGCCUUCGAGACGGUGGCGGUGGACAGACUUGAUCGCAUCGGUAAGAAGAACUCGAUUUUGUUGCACAAGACCUCACAGGGAGGAUCUGUAGCAGGCAGCAGUUUGGGACGGGGUGGAGGGAGCCGCGGAGGAGGAGCAGGAGCAGCCGGUCUGGGUUCUUGUGACAGUGUUCUGGUCCAGCAGAUCGUGAAGCAUGAUAGCAUGCCGACCAUGCAGGACAUCGCAGCUGGCACCCGAGGCUCCACAGGAGGCACGGUCUCACCCCGACCCCAUCCGGUGAUCUGGGCACCGCUGGUCCACGCUCCCCUGCAGACGGCCGCUGCCACCACCAGUGUGGCCAUUGCUUUGAUGCAGCAGCAGCAGCAGCAGCUACAACAACAACAUGCCCUUGGAGCUGCCAUCUUCCUUCCCUCCGCUAUUUCCAUCUCCCCAUCACCCUCAUUCUGCCCGCUUUCUCCUCCCCGGCCACCCAUACUACCCCCUCGGCAGUCACUCAGCUCCCUCAUAAGCGUAAUGGGUGGGAUGCCCCCCCGAGGAGUCCCAUCCUCUGUAACACCUACACCCUCGCCCUCCACUAUGGGACCGACCACCGUGGCCGUGGCUCCUUCAGCGGGUGGAGUUGCAAAAACUACUCCUACGCCUGCGUCGUCAGUGCCCGCCCCCCUGCAGCAUGGAAGAGCGCUUCAUCACAGUCUCCGCCUCCACAUGGAGCCCACAGCAUCACCUGUUCAAAAAGUCCUGCCUCCCUCCUCAGCAGUUGCCCCACUGUCCGUUGAAGGGCGCAGUGUUGGCUCCGCUCCACAGGGGGCCAAAGAGGCUUUGCUGCGUCAUGUUGGAGGAGGCAGCACCCAGGGCCUCCCCAUGAUUGGUCGGCUUACCCAGGAGGCCAGACUGCUCUCCGCCUCCCAGCCGACUCUCCCCCACCGCAGCUGGGCGAGUGUGCAACCUCACCCGCCUCUCCAUCGCAAAGCAUCUGGUGGAAACCUGCUUCCAGCACCCUUCCUUUCAUCAUUAGGACUUGCUAGAGGAGGAAGUGCAGGUGUUUUGAGCUCAAAUUCGCCACAGCCUGGUGCCACACAGGGACUAACAAACACAUCCCUGCUGUGGCCCUCUCAGCUGGCACACACACCUCCACUCACGUCAACUCUGGAAUCAGCCCCGUCACCCCUUGCCCCCUUUUCAUCCUCCCCGAAACACACCCCUCUUUGUUCCACCAACCCUCCUUUACCCCUUUUGGCCACAUCUUCUGGUCUAGUGGUUCCACAAACCCAGCGAGUCAAACCAGGCACUCCUUCUUCAACCUCUCCUCCUCCUUACCUAUGCCCUCCUUCUUCUCAGUCCACCUCCACCUCUCCAACUUUAUCUUCUGGCACCUCUUUGGCUCAGAAUUCCUGGUCCAAACCCUCUCAGACACCUCCUUCCCCAUCCCCAUUGUCCUGCACCACCAACUCAACACCCACCAUCACUCCAUCUCAAACCCCCACCCCAACUCGAACCCCAACCCCUAUUCAAACUCCUAUUCAGACCCCCACCCAAUCUAGAACACCAGCGGCCAUCCAAACCCAAUCCCAAGGAUGGUGUCCAACUCCCGUCCAGAUCCCAGCAGCUGCACAAACUCUGACCUCAACCUCCAUUCAGAGUCCGCUUCCCGUCCAGACUCCAAGUAAACCUAUGAUGGGUCAGAGCCAUUCAGAUGCUGCUGACCAGAUGCCAGCUACUGUCCAGGUUCUUGGUUCUCCUUCGACUUGUUCUGCAGUCUCCAGUCAAACCCAAACCUCAAAUGCCAUACAGACUCAGAGCUCUCCCAUCAAUACCCCAGCCCAAAGUGAACCGUCAACCCCUGUUCUGACCCAAUCGCAAACACAAGCCACACCUGCUAAAGCCCCUGCUGUUGCUGCAUCAUCACCUUCUCCUUCAUCAACUCCAUCUCCCACUGCUUCACAGCCACAGAAGCCAGCUGCUACCCAUACUCAGACCUUAAACGUUCUGUCCACUCCCUUAAGUCCAUCUCCCAUUCCUGCUUCCACUGCCUCCUCAUCUACAGUCCUCCAGUCCAACUCCACCACCUCCACUUCAACAAAAGAGGCAAAGAAAAUGCAGGACUUGCCUCAGAUGCAGAUAGAUUCAUAGACAAAGAGACAAAAUAAAUCCUGCUAGCAUGUGAGGAGGUAGGUGGGCACUGGACAGAGGCUCUUGUUUUGUCCGAGGUGAGUUCAGGAGAUGAGAUGUAACGUGUCAGCUGUAUCAGUUCAGGUUCCAUGAGCAUGCUGUCUGCAUUCAAGCCUCCCUGUGGUGGUCUGUAGUCUUGACCACGGGAAGGUUUAACAUCCCUGACUAAUCAACUAAUCAAGGUAAAAACAAAAGAGCAGAACAUAUUUCGCUCAAAAGUAGAACUGCAGUGUCUGUGUUGUCCAGGUCAUCUAGAAAUGUCAGGUAGAAUAUUUUUGUAGUCCUGCUGAAAAGACCAUCUUGAAUUGCAAUGGGCUGACUGGUGAAACAACGUAUUCAUGUUGAUCCCCAGCAAAACAUGGAUCUCAACCGUGUUCGUGGAGCCUCCAACACUGCACAUUCUGCAUGUUUCACACCUGAUUCAGGUCAUCAGCUCUUUAGUAGAACCCCAAGACCCGAAAAGGGUGUAUCAGACAAAGGAGAGAUUGAAAAUGUGCAUUGUUUGGGGGCAUCCAGGAACA